UGCUAGAAAUCCGUCCGAGUUCUCGAUCCAAGUCCUGAAAUAGAAAUAGUUGUACUUUGAUGACUGUAGAUAGCGUUAACACAAUAGGAUAUAUGUAAACGUACAUAUAUCCUACGACAUACGUAAUCUUGUUGUGUUGGAUCGGAAAAUCAUUUUGCGCUGAUGUACGACAACGAUUAAUACACGUUUUCGUAAUUUAUAUGAUAUAUAGUAAAUCUCGAGGGAUCGUUUGUGUUAGUUGGAACAUGAAUAACUCAGCAAGAAAGACAAAAUUGAAGAAAUUGCUGACUCUUGCAACUUUUGCUAUGGUUGUGGAACAACAAGAAGAGCAAGAAAUAUAACGGAGAAUUACAAAACCGACAACGGAGGUGGUGGACAAGAGAGUGGAUUGUACGAAGAGAGUUUGAAUUAAGAGGAUCUGUUCACUUAGCACUCAAUGAACUUAUCUACGAAGAUAUAGAAUCUUUUUGUAGAUUCUUUAGAAUGGAUUUUCAAUUAUUCAACAAUCUGUUGGAUAAAGUAUCUCUAUAUAUUCAAAAACAAGAUACAGUUAUGCGAAAGUGCAUUCCAUCAAUUCAAAGACUAUCCUUGACUCUAAGAUUCUUAGCUACUGGGGAAUCUUUUCGCAGCAUGGAAUUCGCAACAAGAGUACCAGCUUGUACUUUAUCACGUAUUAUUCCUGAGACAGUUAGAGUCAUCUAUGAAGUACUAAAAGAUGAAUAUUUAAGGACUCCAGAUACCGAAGAAGAAUGGAUUCAUGUUGCUGAUAAUUAUUUGAGACAAUGGAAUGUGCCAAACUGCAUCGGUGCAAUGGAUGGCAGGCAUAUUGAGUUUAAAGUUCCUCUCAGUCAAGGAUCAUUGUAUCAUAAUUAUAAGAGUACAAACAGUAUUGUUUUAUUAGCAUUAGUUAAUGCUCACUAUCAAUUUAUAUAUGUCAACGUUGGUGUUAAUGGUAGAGUAAGCGAUGGAGGAGUUUUUCGUGAAAGCGAUUUGGCAAAAUAUAUAAAUGAUUCACAAAAUCCAUUAAAUGUGCCAACAGAUAAGCCAUUACCUGGUAUGAAUCAGCCUAUUCCUUUUGUUAUUUUAGCUGAUGCGGCUUUUCCAUUGCAAAAUCACAUAUUGAAACCUUAUCCAUCACGCAACUUGUCUCAUGAUGAACGAAUAUUUAAUUAUAGACUAAGUAGAGGUAGAAGAGUAGUUGAAAAUGCUUUUGGCAUAUUAGCUAACAGAUUUCGCGUUCUUCUAACACAAAUAUAUUUAUCCGUAGAAUCAGUUCAAAAUAUAACACUUGCUUGCUGCGCUUUACAUAAUUAUAUCAGUAAAGAAAAUAAUUCUUUACAAGGAGCUGUAGAUAUUGAAGAUUUAGAAAAUGAAACCAUAAUACCUGCUACAGAAAUAAUAAUGCUGGAGAAAUAAUAAUGUACAGUUACGUAAUUUAGAAAUUGUAAACAUAAGAUCUAAUAGAAAUGCAAUUUAUAUUCGUGACGUUUUUAAAGAAUAUUUUAAUACUGUUGGAAGAGUUGAAUGCC